GUUACAUGUUACUCAUGUGGUUUAUCAGAACUGACAGCGCGCCUCGCUACAGAAAGAGAACGUGGACGCUUUAAUUUGCCUUUCUGUGUUAUUGUAUCAGUUUGACAACGAAGGAAAUACCUGGGGAACAUGACAAAACAGUCUUCAUUGUUACUUCGCAAACAGUUAGCAGAGCUCAAUAAGAAUCCAGUGGAAGGAUUUUCAGCCGGUCUUGUGGACGAUGACGACAUCUACAAGUGGGAAGUGCUGAUCUAUGGACCUCAGGACACACUGUAUGAAGGAGGUGUAUUUAAAGCAUCACUCAACUUCCCUAAAAACUAUCCUUUGAAACCUCCCAAGAUGAAGUUUAUUACAGAGAUCUGGCACCCAAAUGUGGCUAAAAAUGGUGACGUUUGCAUCUCCAUUCUGCAUGAUCCUGGUGAAGAUAAAUACGGCUAUGAGAAGCCUGAGGAACGCUGGCUGCCAGUUCAUACAGUGGAAACCAUAAUGAUAAGUGUAAUAUCCAUGCUGGCUGACCCCAAUGGAGACUCCCCUGCCAAUGUAGAAGCAGCGAAAGAAUGGAGGAAAGACCCAAAUGGAAUCUUUAAGAAGAAAGUUGCUCGUUGUGUAAGGAGGAGUCAAGAGACUGCUUUUGACUAGUUUCUUUACAGUUGGAACCUGACGGGGACAAAUGACGUUGCACCUUAAUAAGCUGUCAAGGCCAAAGUGGAGCGUCUGUUUGUUACAAUGACUUUUUUUUUUAUUUUAUUUUUUUAAUUUGAGCGUGUGAAAUAAUUUAUUGACAAUUUUACAUAGGAUUAUGCUGUUUUCUCCGUGUCUAUACUAUGUUUGCCUCAUUUGAUUUUUAAAUGCAAUGUUUCUCAUAGACUUCAGUUCUCUUUAUUUAUUUGAUCAGUACUGCUUUGUAAUGUAACUUGCAUUUUCAAGUUAAAUAUUGAGCCAUUCACCCUACAGUUUACAAUGUACUUUGUAUUUUGGGUUAGGUUUCCUUUAUUGGAAAUUAUCAAAGCCUUAAUCCUUUAAGACUAUAGUCAAACGAAUGUAUAAUUUGAUCAUUGGUAUAUAGAAGCCAUUGGUUAUUUUCUAGACUUUAUAAAGAUUGAUGCAUUUAAACACAAAUCAAAAUACAUGCGCAUGUUAAUGAGUGGCAUAACUGGAUACAAGUAAGAUGCUUACAUCUAUUAGUUGAGUAGCAAAAGUAAAGAACACUUGAGA